GCAGCCAGCAUGCCGCCCAAGAAGGAGCUCCCCGCCAAGGAGCGGGCGCUCUUCAAGCGGCUCAUCCAGGAAUACGAGACGAAGAAGUACAAGCUCGGCCUCAAGACGGCCGAUGCCAUCCUCAAGAAGUUUCCCGAGGCGGGCGAGACGCUCUGCAUGAAGGGCCUCAUCCUCGCGACGAUGGAGCAGCGCGCCGAGGGCCUCGAGCUGGCACGCAAGGGCGUGCGCCACGACAUUGGCAGCUUCCUCGCCUGGCACGCACUCGGCAUCCUACAGCGCAUGGACAAGAACUGGAAUGAGGCGGUCAAGUGCUACAGCAUGGCGCUGCGCAUCGAGGGUGGCUCCAACGUCAAUCUCAUGCGCGAGAUCAGCUACCUGCACAUGCAGCUGCGCAACUACCCGGCCUUUGUGGAGAGCCGCCUGAACCUGCUCAAGGUGCAGCCGCACCUGCGCAUGAACUGGGUUGCCCUCGCCACGGCGCACCACCUGGCCGGCAGCCUGGAGCAGGCUGUGCGCGUGCUCGAGCGCUACGAGGAGACAUUGCGGGACGUCCCUGCCCGCUCGUACGAGCACUCCGAGGUGCUUCUCUACCACGCCUCCAUCCUCUUUGAGGCGGCGCGCUACGCCGACAUGCUCGAGUUCUUCUCGGCGCGCGAGGCGCAGACGAUGGACCCGCAGGGCGUGGCGCUGCUGCGGGCGCGCGCCUACCUGGCGACUGGCGCGUCGGAGAAGGCGGAGAUGACGUACGAGACGCUACUGAAGCGCAACGGAGAGGACCGCAGCGUGGUGGAGGGCUGGCUCAGCGCCAAGGGCGUCAAGGCUGUAUCCGCGACGCCAGAGGAGGCUGCUGCCGCCGCCAAGGCGCUCACAGAGCUCUCCGAGCUGCUGCCCAAGUCGGCGGCUGCCCGGCGCGUGGCGCUCGUGUAUCUGCAGGGCGACGAGUUCCGCAGCCGCGUCGCGACGUACAUCCAGAGCGCGCUGCAGAAGGGCGUGCCUUCGAUCUUUGCGGACGUGUACGGGCUGUACAAGGAUGAUGAGAAGCGGAGAGUGGUAGAGGAGAUUGUGGAGGGCUUCAGAGAAGAGUGGGCGCCGAGCGAGAGCGCAGCGGACCAAGAAGAGCCGAGCUCCUAUCUCUGGUCGCUGUACUUCCUUGCACAGCACUACUCCAAGCUCGGCAACACGGACCGCGCCCUCGUGCUCAUCUCCUCUGCCAUUGCCCACUCGCCCACGAUGCCCGAGCUGCAUAUGAUGCGUGCGCGCAUCCUCAAGCGCGCCGGCGACCUGCACGCCGCGGCGCAUGCCAUGGAGGAUGCUCGGACGCUCGACGGCCAGGACCGCUUCCUGAACUGCAAGGCGGCCAAGUACCAGCUGCGCAUCGGCCGGACCGCCGAGGCCAGCAAGAUCGUCGGCCUCUUCACCAAGGCCGAUGCGCCUGACCCGGUCGCGGACCUGCUCGAGAUGCAGGCCUUCUGGUACCUCGCCGAGGAGGCCGACGCGUGGAUCCGGACGGGCAACUUCGCCAUGGCGCUGAAGCGGUUAGACCAGAUCGAUCGCACCUUCGACGAGAUCUACGACGACCAGCUUGACUUCCACUCGUACUGCAUGCGCAAGUUCACGCUGCGCUCGUACGCGUCGAUGGUGCGGUGGGAGGACCAGCUGCGAUCCCACCCGGCGUACUUCCGCGCCGCGCUCACCACGAUCAAGCUCUACACGCGCCUGCACGACGAGCCGGCGCUUGCCAAGGGCGGCUCGAACGGCACGAACGGCGAGCUCACCGACGAGCAGCGCAAGGAGGCCAAGAAGGCCAAGCGCGCCGAGCUGCGUGCGGCGGAGGAUGCGAAGAAGAACGCCGCCAAGCCCAAGGUCGAGGCGAAGAAGGCCGACGACGACGAGUUGCCGGGCCCGCCCAAGGACGAGGACCCGACAGGCAGCAAGCGUCUGGCAGCGCUGAACAAGCCUCUUGUCGCUGCCACUUCGCUGCUGGCCGUGCUGCAGGAGCGCGCCGCCACGCGCGUUGAGACAUGGCUGGCGACCUUCGAGGUGGCCUCGCGGCAACGCAACUGGCUGCUGGCUGCGCGGGCGCUCACGCAUGCGCAGCGCCUCGAGCCACAGCAUCCCGAGGUCCACCGGCAAACGGUGUUGCUCCUCUCGUCGCUGCCGGACCUGGCAGCGGCGCCGGCACCGGUGCGCGCGGGCAUCGAGACUGCCAAGGCGCAGCUGCUGCCGCAGGAGCAGAGCCUGGAGGCGCUCUCCUCCACCUACGUGCAGGCGCACCCCGCCUCGGGCGCCCACCUUCUGGGCGGAGCUCGCGCCCUGCUGGCGUUGCGCGGCGAUGCCGGGCGUGCCGACGCACUGGCCAUGCUGCAGCAGCUGCCGCGGGCCGAGACGCAGCUCGAGCUGCCGACGCUCGUCGAGGCGCUCGGCCUGCUCCCGUCGUUUGGUGCCGACGAUGCCGCUCGAGCCGAGUUCGUCAAGGCCGCACAUGAGCGCUUCCCGCGCGCCGAUGCGUUCAAGGACAAGGCGCUGCUGCAGGAGGAGGAGAAGCAACGGGAGGAGGAGCGGGCAGCGUGGGCUGCCAGCAAGGACGAGGCCGAGGGCGCGGCAGAGGCAGGCUCGGCACCUACGCAAAAGUAGAUGAGCUUCCGCACACGCUGGCUAAUGCAUAGAUUGGCCGCCGGGAGCCGGGGGUAUGUUGUUGGGGG